AAUAAACGCCUCUCCCCCACGUGACCGCCUCUGCCUGCGCGUGCCCCCUGCUUCCGGUUCCGGCGGUGCCGCGGGGGCGGUUCCGGGAGCGCGGUUCCGGGUCCCGGGGGCGAUGGCUCCGGGACGGGGUCGAGGUCGAGCCACCGCCACCAUGAAUAGCCAGGAAGAGGCGACCGCGGAGCAGCCGCUUGGGAGGCUGGAGCCGGCGGAGGAGGACUCUGGCGAGAGCGAGGACGGCGGGAGCGUGGCGGGGGCUGGCGGGAAAGAUCAAUCUGACAUGUCUUUUGAGGAACUCCUGCGGGUGCGGAGCGAUGCAAGGACGCGAGUGAGCAAGAAGGUGCCUGGUGGGAAGAAAACUGCAAAGCCUACCAAAGCUCCACUGAAACAGCAAGGCAAAAAGGGGCCAUUGGAGAUGUCUGCCAAGAAGCCUGUACCUUUCCUGCGACAAGUUGUCCCUGUUAGGAAGAAGGUCCAGAGAGACCCUCGAUUUGAUGACCUGUCUGGAGAGUAUAAGCCUGAAAUAUUUAUGAAGACAUACAGCUUCCUGGACAGCAUCAAGAAGCAGGAGAAGGAGAUGGUUCAGAAGCAGCUGAAGAAAUGCCGGAACAUGGAACAGAAGGAGAAACUUCAGCGGCUCCUGAACCGUAUGACACAGCAGGAACAGGCACAGAAAAAACAGCAGCAGUUGAGAGAGAGGGAGCUGUCUUUGAAAAGACAACAGAGGGAAUUGGCCAAGCAGGGAAAGAAACCUUUCUUCCUAAAGAAAUCUGAGAAGCGGAAAUUGGAACUAGCUGAGAAGUACACAGAGCUGAAGAGGAGUGGAAAGCUGGAGAGCUUCCUGAACAAGAAGAGGAAGAGGAAUGCCAUCAAAGACAAGCGCCAUCUGCCCCCACAGAAGAACUUGUGACUGUUGGACAGUCGUGCUAUUGUCUGGCACUGGCUCAUUCUGCUUUAGCCAGGCCUGGAGGCCUGGCCUGGAUCCCUCUUCCCAGGAUCUGCCUUUCACUGUACAGUGAUGCUGUAAGGCAGCAGAGCAGGGCUGAACAGAAGGAAAUAAUGGGA